UAAUACAAUGAAAUAUGUAUACAUCAUUCCACUUGUAUAUGACCUUUUUGAAUUCUUGAUUUUUGUUUUCAAAAAAUAAAUAAAAAUGGCCUUUUUGAUGAGGAUUUUGGCCACAAAUCGAUCUCGUCUUUAUAAUAAAAAUUUGUCACAAUUAUUUUCACUUGUGAAUUCUAAAGAUAAUUUAUUUCGACAGAUUUCUACCACAAAAUAUUUGUUUGAUGAAACGCCGAUUAAAAUGCCUGCCUUAUCACCAACAAUGACGGCCGGAACUAUCGUCAAAUGGCACAAAAAAGAAGGCGAAAAAAUCAAUGCGGGCGAUAUUCUUUGUGAAGUACAAACAGAUAAAGCGGUUGUUGCAUUCGAAUUUGAUGAUGAUGGUAUAUUGGCAAAAAUUUUAGUCAAUGAAAAUUCUGCUGAAAUUGAAGUUGGUCACUUGAUCGCCAUCGUUUGUGGAGAAGAAGAUGAUUGGAAAAAUGUAAAAAUACCUGAAAAUUUGAAUGUUACUUCGGAAAAGUCUUCUGCUAUUGUUGAAACAGAAUCAUUAUCAGAAAAGUCAUCUGGGCCUGAAACGAUCGCAAAAUCAUCAGUAGAUUUUAGCACGAUAAAAAUAAGUCCAAGUGCACGCAAUCUAAUGGAUCAAUAUGGAAUUGAAAUGUCAACCGUUCAACCUACCGGAAACCGUGGCGUCAUGAUGAAAGAAGAUGUGCUUAAAUUUAUUCAACAAAAUGGUCUAAAACCCAAAGAUUUAUCCGUCAUUAAAAAAGAAGAUUCAUCAUCAUCAUCAAAAUCAAAAGCUUCAUCGAAUUUGGUCAAAUCGGAUACACAAUUUUUUGACAUCGAAUUAUCAAAUAUGCGCAGAACAAUAGCCAAACGAUUAACCGAAUCAAAAUCCAAUAUACCGCACGCUUACAUGAGAAUUAAAUGUUCUAUGGAUGGUCUUUUGAAACUACGGAAAUAUUACAAAGAAAAAUCAUUAUCUGUUUCUCUUAACGAUAUGAUUGUCAAAGCUGCAGCCUUGGCAUUAAAACAAACACCCGCUAUGAAUUGUCAAUGGAAUUCUGAGUCAGACAAGAUACAUAUAGUUCCUGAAAUUGAUGUAUCGAUAGCCGUAGCAACUCCAACUGGAUUGAUUACACCAAUCAUAAAGAAUGCUAAUCGUCUUUCAUUAGAAGAGAUUAGUAACUAUUCAAAAGAAUUAAUUGGUAAAGCUAAAGAAGGAAAACUACAGCCUCAUGAAUUUAUUGGCGGCACGUUUUCCAUAUCGAAUUUAGGCAUGUAUGAUAUUGAUCAUUUUGUCGGUGUGAUAAAUCCACCACAGGCUGCAAUUUUGGCUGUAGGUGCAACAAGACAACGAUUCUUUGGUGAACCUGAUAAUUAUCAUAUUUGUAGUCAAACAACAAUGUCAUUAUCAUAUGAUGCUCGUGCUAUCGAUGAAGAAUUGGCUGCACAUUUUAUGGAAAAACUUCGUGAUAAUAUUGAAAAUCCAGAUCUAUUGAUGAUAUCAGAUGGAUCAAUAAAUCGUCGUUUAUCAUCAUUUAUAUAAGCUUAUUUAUCAUAAUAAUCAGUUUUGUUCAUUUAUCGAUUUUUAUCCCA